UUCAUACAUAAUUCUCAGCUGCAUAUUGUGUAAUUCAUGAAUUUUAUGAAUCUCAAUACAAUGUAUCUCACUUCUCAAGCUGCACUGUUUAUGAUUUGUGAUCUUUCUCAUAAAGUAGAGAUUCCUCAUAAAGUUUUUCUUGAUUCAUUUUUCAAUCCAUAUUUGUCAACCUUAAGUGUCUUGUCCAUGUAUGUGUCAAUAAGCACUUUGUAUGAGCAUAAAAGCUUGGCUUUGGAAUAUGAUAUGCAAAUUAAUAAUACAAGUAUUCCCUCUAAAUACAGGAAGAUUCAUUCACAAGUGCUGUCACCCCUAGGAUAUAAUUUAGACUCAAUCAUGAUGACUUAAUUGAGCCCAGUCUAACUGUCUGAGGGGUGUGAGCAAGGACUUUUUGGUCAAAUAUUUCCCAAUAUAGGGCUAGCAAACAGGCACCUUACAAAGGCUCAUUUUUUCAUCCUUCGGAUCAAAUCCCAUAUUUUUCCGUUGUAAAAACAUGUGGAUUUCUCGGAAAGGGGGUCUCCCAGCUUCAGUCCUAUUCCAACAUUCACACAUUAAGUCAUAAAUCUCUUUUGGACACAUAUCUGGUUUUGGGAGAUAAUUCUCCUUUCCAUCAUUUCGGUAAAAGUGUCCACAGUUUUCAAUAACUUGUUCAUCAGUGAGGCCCUCAUAAGGAUGUUCCUUGGCCAUUGUAAGAACUUCCCAUAAAGUAACAC